AUGCCGCCUCCCUCUGGCUUCUCCGCAAUCCAGAAGCCUUCGCAGCUAUCCGGGCGAGAUUCCCUCGAACUGGCCUCGCUCGCCGACUCUGAGCCCGAUGAGCUUCCCGACUCCGAGACCUCUUCCCGAUCCGGCGUCUCCUCUCAACGUCUUUCCUUCGAGAACGAGGACCCUUUGGACGACGCGAACCCGGCGGCUCGCGACCGCAUCCACGGGAGGUCUUACUCCGUGUCGUCUGCCUUUGACUUCACCCCGGCGCUCUUCCCUCUCUCCUCGACCGGCGGAGGCUACACCGCGCUCGGGAAUCCGUCUAAUGUUUCCCUUUCCCUCGAUCGACGUGCGGCGUUGCAGAGCCUGGAGAAGAACAAAACGUUGACAUACUUGAAUGGCCUUUCCCUGGUGGUCGGAUUGAUCAUCGGCUCGGGGAUCUUCUCUUCUCCAGCACAAGUGAACUCUCACACUGGAUCUCCGGGAGCCUCGUUGAUUGUCUGGACGAUCUCAGGAAUUCUGGCAUGGACGGGUGCCGCCUCGUACGCAGAACUGGGAGGCGCUAUCCCCUUAAAUGGAGGUGCUCAGGUGUACUUGGCCAAGAUCUUCGGUGAGAUUGUCGGCUUCCUCUUCACCUGGAGCGCGAUCCUGGUGCUCAAGCCCGGGUCAUCGGCCAUCAUCGCCAUCAUCUUGGGAGAAUACCUGGUGCGGGCGGUGAUCGGCGCCGAGGUCGAGGAUGUCAAUCCUUGGGUCAACAAGAUACCGGCCUUGGUGGCCCUGAUGCUUGUCACGCUGUUCAACUGUGUCUCGACUCGCUUUGCUGCACGGCUGGGCGAUCUCUUCAUGUUCUUCAAAUUCCUCGCGCUGAUCGCCGUCACCAUCAUCGGCAUCGUGGUCGCAGUUACCGGGCUGUCGUUCAACGGCCCGGCUAACCAAGACUGGCGGGACCACAACUGGUUCGAAGGCACCACGACCGACAUCUCCAGCUGGGCUGUCGCGCUCUACGCCGGCCUCUGGGCGUUCGACGGCUGGGAUAAUACCAACUAUGUGACGGGGGAGUUCAAGAAUCCUAGCCGCGACCUUCCCCGUGUGAUCCAUACGGCCAUGCCUGCCGUGAUUGUUUGCUAUCUCCUUGCCAACAUCGCAUACAUCUUCGUUCUGCCACAGGAGACUAUUGACAAAUCCAACACCGUGGCCGUGCAGUUCGGCAGCAAAGUCUUCGGCCCUGUCGGCGGGCUCAUUUUGGCAUUGAUUGUCUCGGCGUCCUGCUUCGGGGCGUUGAAUGCCACGACGUUCACAUCCGGCCGACUUGUCUACGUCGCCGGCCGCGAGGGCUACCUCCCUUCUGUGUUCGGCAAGAUUGGGUUCGGAUACACCUCGGGCCCGGAGACGCCCAUCAGUAUGCCGCUGAACAAACUGCGCGAGCGGUCCUGGCUGUCGAAGUUGCUGGGCCGGCUGUUUGGCGACGAGUCCAUCGGGCUGGGCUACACCCCGGUCAACGCGAUGCUGCUGAACAUGGUGCUGUGCAUGGUCUACAUCUGCCUGGGAGAGUUCAAGACUCUCAUCACCUUCUACGGUGUCGCCGGCUACACAUUCUACUUCCUGACCGUGUUGGGUCUGAUCGUGCUGCGCAUCCGGGAGCCGCACCUCGAGCGCCCUUACCGGACUUGGAUCACUACGCCCAUCAUCUUCUGCUGCGUCAGCCUGUUUCUCGUCAGCCGCGCCGUCGUCGCCCAGCCGUUGCAGACCGUCAUUGUUGUUGCGUUCGUGGCCAGCGGCAUUCCUGUGUAUUUCUGGCGCGUCGCUGGGCGCGAUGACCUGACCGGGCCCGGGCGGAGAGAGCGAAAGUUCUGGAGGCGUUGGGGUAGGACUUGA